AUGAAGCACCGCUUAUCGUCUCUAGCGUUCGCCCGCAUCUCAACUGCACCACGCACACUCCACACACCUCUCCUCUCGAGCCUUUCUGUGAGAUCAUCACUGCUCAAGGGAGCAGCAGCGCGGCCCUUGCAGCCGAGGAGCUUUGCGGUCACGGCGCGCCUGGGCCUCGAGCUCCCCAGUAAGAACAGCGGCAGCUAUGAGGACUCGAAUGCGCGGCCUGCAUCCGAGCUGAACAACAACAUCACGCAAGAAGAGAAGGACGACUUUGCGAGGAAGCUGCGGGAAGACAAGGGCAAGCAAAUACGCACGCCAUGGCACAGAGAAGGCAGCGACAGGCCACCCGUGGCGCGACAACGCAGCGCUGGAGCCAUGACAAAGGGCAAACUGCUGACCACGCCCUCACGCAUGCUUAAGAUCAUCCUUCCCCUGACCACUAGAGACACAAAUUCGGACCGCAAAGACAUCGAGCCCCUUGCCCUGCUCGUCCACCCGCAACAGCCCAUAUCCUACCUCGAACGCCUGAUCCAGGCCGAGCUGCCUACAAUCAAGGACAAGGAUGGCAAGGAGCGCAUCCCCGGCGUCCACUUCAAAGCCGAAGACAGUAUGCAAGAUGAUCUGCAAGUCUCCCAGACCAGCGAAACCAUUGUCAGCAGUGACAGCGAGCCUGCCGAGGGCGACGAGGACUUUGAGCAAGUAGACGAGCACCGCAUAGACGGCAAGACGGUGAAGACGGGCAAGAUCAAGUCUCAGAACGAAGAAGCUGGCGCAGCGAUGAACCGCAAGACGCCUGACGAAGCUGUUGAGCUACGCGGUGGCCACGGCAAAGGCGGAGUGGAGUCGUACUCAGGCCUGGGCAAAGACGCUCCCAGCGACAAGAUCUCCAGCCGCAAGUUCGUGCGCUGGUCCAGCAGCACUGAGAUUGGCGACUUCAUCCGCGACGCAGCGCGCGGUCAGGAGUUCGCCAUAGAAAUCGAGGGCGCGCCCGAGGAAAUUCGCGUUGGCGUUCCCUCGUUCAACGACCGAACAUACUACCUGCGCAUGCGCUUGAGGAAGACCAGCAGGCAGAUCAGCGAGAUGGCAGACAUCAAGGAGCGCUGCGACAAGCUUGCGCACAAGGCCGCGCAGCAAGUAGCCACAGCAGGCUUCGCCGGUAUUGUGGGAUGGUGGGGAGUAGUCUACUACCUCACAUUCCAAACCGAGCUCGGCUGGGACGUCAUGGAGCCCGUCACCUACCUCGUCGGCCUCUCCACCCUAAUCGGCGGCUACGUCUGGUUCCUCUACCACAACCGCGAAGUCAGCUACCGCUCCGCCAUGAACUUCACCAUCUCGCGCCGCCAGUCAAAGCUCUACACGCAGCACAACUUCGACCUGCGGAAAUGGGAAGUCCUGAUCGAGGACGGCAACGCCCUGCGCAAGGAAAUAAAAGCCAUUGCCAACGAGUACGACGUCGAGUGGGACGAGAUGAAGGAGGAAAAGGACGAGAAGGUCGCCGAGGCGCUGCGUAAAGAUCGGAAGCAGAAGGAGGGGAAGAAGGAAAAAGAUGAUGUUGAUGAUGAUGAGCCCAAGGCGGGGAAGACGGAGGUUGGCCAUGGGCGAAAGGAGAGCUAG